UUCACGUUUGUCUAGAGGAGAAAUGGCGCAGCAAGUGAUUCAACUGGAUGGAGAAAAACUGAGCUGUUUGAUCUGUCUGGACCUUCUAAAAGAUCCGGUGACCAUUCCCUGUGGGCACAACUACUGCAUGAGCUGUAUUAAAAAGUGCUGGGCGGAGGAGAAUGAAGGGAUAACGCAUAGCUGCCCUCAUUGCAGACAGAGCUUCACACAGAGGCCUGCCCUGGUCAAAAGUACCAUUUUAGCAGAGUUAGUGGAGGAACUGAAGAAAGCAGCUGAUCAUUCCUACGCGGGACCUGGAGACGUAGCCUGUGAUUUCUGCACUGGGAUGAAGCUGAAAGCCUUCAAGUCCUGUCUGGUGUGUAUGGCCUCUUACUGUGAGCAACACCUCCAGCCUCACUACGAUGUAGCUCCACUGAAGAAACACAAGCUGGCUGAAGCCACUUUACAGCUUCAGGAGAACAUCUGCUCCAUCCACAACGAGGUGAUGAAGAUUUUCUGCCGCACUGAUCAGCAGUGCAUCUGUUAUCUCUGCACCAUGGACGAUCAUAAAGGCCAUGACACAGUCUCUGCCGCAGCAGAAAGGGCCGAGAGACAGACGGCGCUCGGGAUGAGUCUGCAAAAAGUCCGACUGAGAAUCGGGGACAGAGAGAAAGAAGUCAAGGAGCUGCAGAGGAGGGUGGAGGCUAUCAAUCUUUCCGCGGAUGAAGCUGUGAGGGACAGCGAGAAGCUUUUCACCGAGUUGAUCCGGCUCAUUGAGAAAAGAAGCUCUGACGUGAAGCAGCAGAUCAGAUAUCAGCAGAAAACUGUAGUGAGGCGAGCUCAAGAGCUUAAGGAGAAGCUGCAGCAGGAGAUCACUGAGCUGCAGAGGAGAGGCACUGAGCUGGAGAAGCUCUCAAGCACAGAGGAUCACCUGCAUUUCCUGAACAACUACCCCUCGCUGUCACCUCUGAGUGAACCUGACGACUUACCCAUCACUAAAUUUCCUCCUCUGUGCUCUUUUAAGGGUGUGACAGCGGCUGUGUCGGAGGCCAGAGAUAAACUGCAGGCUGUUCUGAGUGAGGAGUCGGCAGAGAUCUCUCUGGCAGUGGCUGAAGUGCGUGUUUUACUCCCUCAAGCAGAGCCCACAAGCAGAGCGGAAUAUCUGAAAUAUUUCCGUCAAAUCACACUGGAUCCAAACACAGUAAACGCAAGUUUGUCAUUGUGUGACGGGAACAGAAAAGCAACAUUAAUGGAGAAAGAGCGGGUCUAUUCGGCUCACCCAGACAGAUUUCUGACAUGGUCUCAGGUCCUGAGUAGAGAGGGUCUGACUGGACGCUGUUACUGGGAGGUGAAAUGGAGCGAGAGGGUUAUUGCAGCUGUUGCAUACAAGGACAUUAACAGAACCGGGACCAGAGCUGAAUGUGUGUUUGGAUUUAAUGACAAGUCUUGGUCAUUAGAUUGUUGCAGUGGUACUUAUAUAUUCAGACAUAACAGCAUUGAAAUGCCCAUCUCAGCCCCUCAGACCUCCACAAUAGGCGUUUACCUGGAUCAUCAGGCAGGUACUCUGUCUUUCUACAGCAUCUCUGAAACAAUGACCCUCCUCCACAGAGUCCAGACCACGUUCACUCAGCCUCUCUAUCCUGGAUUUUGGCUUCCAAGUUUUGUUGGAGCCACUGCUGAGCUGUGUGAGCUCAAGCAGACAACAGUUUAAGAAGUGGUUCACCUGCGGUGUGUCGGAGCUGGAGACAUCAAGCAUCGAGGCUGAGGACGAUGGAUUUGAUGCUGGGACGGCGGAAAAGAAAUUCAGUCUAUUUUCUACACAAGGAUUAAGCUUUUUUUUCCCCUUAAACUUGUUUGUUGAAAUUUAAUUUGUAUGUUAUAUUUAAUGAACACUUUCAUCAUAUAAAAUAUUGCAUGUGCAAAAUGGCUAAUGAAAAGUCUGUUUCUGUCCUGCUUAAAAUUGAAGCUUCUUAUUGUAUAAAUGGGCUUAAUUAUGUCAAAAACUAGUAGUGUAGUCAUAGUCACGGAUGGAAUAAGUUAUAAACCUGUUUGCAUUUUUGAGCAUAUGCCAACUUAAUGAAAUUUAAAGUAAAAAAAAUAUUAAGAUAGAUAAGAGAUAUUAAAGCUGUAUCAUAUCUUCAUGAACAUGAUGAGUAUAAUUUAAUAUUUCCUUAGCAGUGCUUUACGUUCUGCUAUCUGUGCUGCAGACUGCACUGCUCUGUUGUAAAAUCACAUUUUUUUUAAACUGUACCCAAUGUUCAAAACCCUACAAAUAAAUAAAUAUAU